ACUUCUGUCUCCUUUUUAUUCUCAGUGUGAAUGAGUGAGCGGCUUUCCACCUGAGAGUGCUGUAAUGGGAAAAGCCGCAUUUGCGGUAUUACUUCAUACAAGCUGAAGAGCAAGAAAAAUCAAGAAAACGCUUUACUUGGCCCUUGGCUUCAUAUUCGUCGGUCGGACUUGCAGAUCGGAGGGACAUAGCCAUGGCUAAGUCAGCAGCAAGCAGUGCUAAUGAUGUCACGCGCUUCCUCUCCAUGGAGGCGGGGCCGAGCUCACCCACCUCUGUAUUCUCUGCCUCCAGCCAAGCUGAUUGGGCGGCCAAGAGGCUUGUCUGGGUUCCAUCUGAGAAACAUGGGUUUGAGUCUGCGAGUGUGCGCGAGGAGCGAGGCGAUGAGGUGGAGGUGGAGCUUACAGAUAGUGGCCGAAAGUUGACAUUAUUGCGGGAGGAGCUUCAACGGAUGAACCCACCUCGCUUCAGUAAAGUGGAGGACAUGGCUGACCUCACCUGCCUUAAUGAGGCAUCUGUCCUACACAACCUGAGAGAACGCUAUUACUCAGGACUCAUCUAUACAUACUCAGGCCUCUUUUGUGUGGUCAUAAACCCGUACAAGAAUCUGCCCAUCUACACAGAGUCAAUUGUAGAGAUGUAUCGUGGGAAAAAACGUCACGAGAUGCCACCACACAUUUAUGCCAUAUCAGAGGCAGCGUACAGGAGCAUGCUGCAAGACAGAGAAGAUCAGUCCAUUCUUUGCACAGGGGAGUCUGGAGCAGGGAAGACAGAGAAUACUAAGAAGGUGAUUCAGUACCUGGCACACGUGGCAUCCUCUCACAAAAGUGGCACUCUUGGCCGCAGCAAGGACAGCACUCUGCAGAUGGACGGGACACGUUCUCUGGGCCGUGGCAGUAGUACUGUAAACAGGGGGGAGCUAGAGAGACAGCUACUGCAGGCCAACCCUAUUCUAGAGGCCUUUGGCAAUGCCAAGACAGUCAAAAAUGACAAUUCUUCCAGAUUUGGUAAAUUUAUCCGUAUUAAUUUUGACGUGGCUGGAUACAUAGUUGGUGCCAACAUUGAGACUUACCUCUUGGAGAAGUCUCGAGCCAUCCGGCAGGCCAAAGAUGAGAGAACCUUCCACAUAUUCUACCAGCUACUCUGUGGAGCCUCAGAGGCCAUGAGAACCGAGCUGCUCCUUGGCAGUGCAGAUCAGUACCGCUUUCUGUGUGGAGGUUCAGUUCCUGUUCCAGGUCAGAGUGACUCUGAGAACUUCACUCAGACAAUGGACUCCAUGAGCAUCAUGGGAUUUACACAAGAGGAGUGCACAUCCAUAUUGAAGGUGAUCUCUUCCGUGCUACAGUUUGGUAACAUCACCUUUCAGAAGGAGAAGAACUCAGACCAAGCAUCUAUGCCUGAUGAUACAGCUGCACAGAAACUGUGUCACCUGCUGGGCAUCAGCGUGCUGGAGUUCAGUCGAGCAAUCCUCACUCCCCGCAUCAAAGUGAGCCGCGAAUAUGUGCAGAAGGCCCAGACCAAGGAGCAGGCAGACUUUGCGGUGGAGGCUCUGGCGAAGGCCACCUAUGAGCGUCUGUUCCGCUGGUUAGUGCACCGCAUCAAUCGAGCUCUGGACCGCAGACAGAGACAAGGGGCCUCCUUCAUCGGCAUCCUGGACAUUGCUGGGUUUGAGAUCUUUCAGCUGAACUCCUUUGAGCAGUUGUGCAUAAACUACACCAACGAAAAGCUGCAGCAGCUUUUUAACCACACCAUGUUUGUACUGGAGCAAGAGGAGUACCAGCGUGAAGGCAUCGAGUGGAACUUCAUCGACUUUGGGCUCGACCUGCAGCCUUGCAUUGACCUUAUUGAGAGACCGGCCCAUCCACCUGGCGUGUUAGCACUGUUGGAUGAAGAAUGUUGGUUUCCACGGGCAACAGAUCGGUCGUUUGUGGAUAAACUGUCAGCUGAGCAAGGCUCACAUCCCAAGUUCUUCAGGCCACGGCAGCUCCGUGAAGAGGCAGAUUUCUCUAUAAUCCACUAUGCUGGCAAGGUGAACUACAAGUCUGAUGAGUGGUUAGUGAAGAACAUGGAUCCUCUAAAUGAUAACGUAGCAUCUCUUCUACAUCAGUCAUCUGAUCACUUCAUAUCCGAGCUCUGGAGAGAGGAUAUUCAGACACUUCCCCGUGUCUACUUUUUUGACUCCUAUGCUUCCCUGCAGACCAAUGGCUCUGAAAGCAUGGACAGGAUUGUGGGAUUGGACCAAGUAGCAUCUGGAGGUCUGUCAGAGAGCAGUGGGCCGGUGACGUUUGGAGCAGCUGGGCUGAAGACGAAGAAGGGAAUGUUCCGGACUGUGGGACAACUGUACAAAGAGUCACUGACCAAACUAAUGGCCACACUGCGCAAUACCAACCCCAACUUCCUGCGCUGCAUCAUCCCCAACCAUGAGAAGAGGGCAGGGAAGCUGACCCCGCAUCUGGUCUUGGAUCAGCUUAGAUGUAAUGGAGUACUGGAGGGGAUCAGAAUUUGCAGACAAGGCUUCCCUAACCGGAUCCCCUUCCAGGAGUUCAGACAAAGGUAUGAGAUUCUGACUCCCAAUGCUAUACCUCGUACCUUCAUGGAUGGAAAGCAGGCCUGUGAGCUUAUGAUCAGGGCUCUGGAGCUGGAUGGGAAUUUAUUUCGGGUGGGGCAGAGUAAAGUGUUUUUCCGUGCUGGAGUGCUGGCACAUCUGGAGGAGGAGCGAGAUCUGAAAAUUACUGAUACCAUCAUCCGAUUCCAAAGUGCUGCACGUGGAUACCUUGCUAGAAGAGCUUUCCAGAAGAAGCAACAGCAGCUAAGUGCAUUGCGAGUGAUGCAGAGAAACUGUGCUGCUUACCUGAAGCUACGCAACUGGCAAUGGUGGAGGCUCUUCACAAAGGUGAAGCCGCUGCUGCAGGUGACCCGUCAGGACGAGGAAAUUCAGGCUCGAGAGGCACAGCUUCAGAAAGCCAAAGAUAACCUGAGCAAAGUGGAGCAUGACUAUGUAGAACUGGAGAGGAAACACCAGCAGCUGUUGGAAGAGAAGUCCGUCCUCACAGACCAGCUUCAGGCAGAGGCCGAGUUAUUCGCCGAGGCCGAGGAGAUGAGAGCACGGCUGGCCAGUCGUAAGCAGGAGCUGGAGGAGGUUCUGGGGGAACUUGAGGGACGACUGGAGGAAGAGGAAGAGAGGGGUGCACAGCUAGCCAACGAGAAGAAACGAAUGCAGCAGCAUGUACAGGACUUAGAGGAGCAGCUGGAAGAGGAAGAAGGGGCGAGGCAGCGGCUCCUUCUGGAAAAAGUUACUCUAGAAACCAAAGUAAAAAGUCUGGAGAAUGAGAUCAUGACUGCAGGAGAGCAGAGAGAUCGACUGAGCAAGGAGAAAAAACAGUUGGAGGAACGGCUGAAUGAAGUAGCUGACCAGCUGACUGAGGAGGAGGAGAAAGUGAAAAGUCUCAACAAGCUCAAGAACAAACAGGAAGCUGUUAUCGCUGACCUGGAAGAGCGCCUGAAGCGGGAAGAGCAGGGCCGUCUAGAGCAGGAGAAAUGGAGGAGGCGCAUGGAGGGUGAGGCAGCUGAAGCCCAGGAGCAGCUCUCUGAAAUGGGCCUGCUUGUUACAGAGCUCAGAGGCAGCUUGGCCAAUAGAGAGAAAGAGAUAACUACACUACAGACACGGUUGGAGGAGGAGGGUGCUCGACGUGCUGAAGCACAGCGGGCUCUGAGGGAGGCCAUGUCUCAAGUGUCUGAGCUGAAGGAAGAGGUAGAGAACGAACGAGGGAUGAGAGAGAGGGCCGAGAAACAGAGGCGGGACCUUGGCGAGGAGUUAGAGGCUCUAAGGACAGAACUAGAAGACACAUUGGACACCACUGCUGCCCAGCAAGAGCUCAGGUCUCGGCGUGAGGCUGAGUUGGGAGAACUCCAGAGGAUGGUUGAGGAGGACACACGGCGUCAUGAAGCCCAGCUGUCAGAGAUGCGAGUCAAACACAGUGCGGCCAUCGACAGCCUGCAGGAGCAGCUGGAUAACGCCAAGAGAUCGCGUCAGUCUCUGGAGAAGGCGAAGGCUGUUCUGGAAGAGGAGCGCGGGAACCUGACAGCCGAGCUAAAGACCUUGCAGGGGGGCAAGAUGGAGAGCGAGAGAGCAAGGAAGAGAGCUGAGGGCCAGCUGCAAGAACUCACAGCUCGCCUGGCUCAGGCUGAGAGAGAGAGAGAGGAGAGGGAGGACAGGCUCCACAAACUUCAGUUGGAGAUAGACUCCUUGUCCAGCUCUCUUUCUGCAUCUGACUCCAAAUCCCAUCGCUUGAGCAAAGAGGUCAGCAGUCUGGAGAGUCAACUACAUGAUGCUCAGGAGCUGCUGCAAGAUGAAACGCGGCAGAAGCUGGCACUCGGAUCCCGUGUGCGAGCUCUGGAGGAUGAAAAAGCAGUUCUGACAGAGAGGGUGGAGGAGGAGGAAGGAAAAACCAGAGAACUCACACGCCAGAUCCAAAGUUAUAUUCAGCAGCUCGCUGAGCUGAAGAGGCAGUCAGAAGAAGUGAAUGCAGCGGUGGAAGCAGGAGAGGAGAGCAGGAGAAAACUACAGAGGGAGCUAGAGAGCGCCAUGCAAAGAGAGAGAGCCAAAGAAGAGGAGCGGGAGCGAGUGGAGCGCCAGAAGGAGCGCUUGAGAGAGGAAAUAGAAGACAUGACCAUCGCCUUGCAGAGGGAAAGACAGAACUGCACUGCUCUGGAGAAGAGACAAAAGAAAUUUGAUCAGUGUUUAGCGGAGGAGAAGGCAGUGAGUGCACGACUGGCCGAAGAGCGAGAUCGAGCAGAGGCUGAGAGCCGGGAGAAAGAGACUCGUUUCCUGGCUCUAUCUCGAGCUUUACAGGAAGCAUCAGAGCAGCGUGAUGAGCUUGAAAGAACUAAUAAGCAGCUUCGCCUUGACAUGGAGCAGCUCGUCAAUGCCCAAGAUGAUGUGGGCAAGAACGUGCAUGAACUGGAGCGUUCUCGGCAUGCUCUAGAGGUAGAGUCACAGUCACUGAAAGAGCAGACACAAGAGCUUGAAGAGGAGCUGGCUGAGGCAGAGAACUCGCGUCUCCGGCUAGAGGUUACACUGCAGGCUCUCCGAGCCCAGUUUGAGCGCGAGAUCAGUGCCAAAGAAGAGAAAGGAGAGGAGAAGAGGCGGGCCCUUAACAAACAGGUGCGUGAGUUAGAAACUCUGCUAGAAGAAGAGAAGAGUCAGAGAGCUCAAGCACUGUCCAUCAAGAAGCAGAUGGAAGCAGAGCUCCAAGAGGCUGAGGCUCAGGUGGAGGCAGCCACUCGGGGCAGAGAAGAGGCUCUUAGGCAGCUAAAACGGCUCCAGACUCAAAUGAAGGAGGUGUUGCGAGAGUUGGAUGAGACCAAGAUAGCACGAGAUGAAAUUAUAGUCCAAUCAAAAGACAGCGAGAAGCGCCUGCAGACUCUAGAGGCGGAGCUCCUGCAGCUGACAGAGGAGCUGUCUGUGUCUGAGAGGUUGAGGAGGCAGGCUCAGCAGGAGCGAGAUGAGCUGUCUGAAGAGAUUCUCAACACCACCAGUGGGAAGACGGCUCUGUGUGAUGAAAAGAGACGUCUGGAGAUGAGGAUCAGCCAGCUGGAGGAAGAUUUGGAAGAGGAGCAGAGCAAUGCUGAGAUCAUGGCUGAGAGGCACAGGAAGACCACGCUACAGGUGGAGACUCUGACAGUGCAGCUGGCGGGGGAGAGGACGCUGGUGCAGAAGAGCGAUGGGGCACGAGAGAGUCUUGAGAGGCAGAAUAAGGAGUUGAAGACCAGGUUGACUGAGCUGGAAGGAGCUGUGAGGGGCAAACACCGCCUCAGUGUUGCUGCUCUGGAGUCGAAAAUUGAAAGCAUGGAGGAACAGCUGGAACAGGAAAGACAGGAGCGUGCAUUGGCCAACAAGCUGGUGAGGAAAACAGAGAAGAAACUAAAGGAAGUGGUUAUGCAGGUAGAGGACGAGAGGAGGCACGCAGACCAAUACAGAGAGCAGCUGGACAAGUCAAUGGGGCGUCUGCGGCAGCUGAAGAGGCAGCUGGAAGAGGUGGAGGAAGAGAAUUCACGCACAAACGCCCAGCGCAGAAAACUACAACGAGAGCUAGAGGAAAUGGGAGACAGCAUGCAGAGCAUGUCACGAGAACUCAACACACUGCGCUCCCAACUCAGCAGCACAGAACAACCCAAAGGCACCAAACGUGCUCCACUCCCUCUUUCUGUACGUGGAGGUCGGAGAGCUCUGGUGGAUGAUCUGUCUCAGGAGAACUCUGAUUCUGAAGAACCUCCUGCAUCCCCAACGCCCUCUAGUGGCCUUCCAGGAACCCCUGUGCCCUCUGAUAGUGCCCUGGGUCCACCUCCCCCAUACAGCCUCGCAGAUGUGAGUGAGCAGAGGGAGGAAUGAUGGGAAGGUGAACGAUAGAAGGAAUAGACAAACAGACUGAGCUAUAACAAAGGACACAGCGCACACUGUAUUGACUAUACCUCUGCAGCCAAGGCGGAAGUUAUUAUAUUGAAGACGCACAUGAGCGUUCACAGAGGAAAUAAUACUAGUACUACUGAAAUCAGUCAUGAUGCUGACAUUGAACAAGUGGAAAUCCAGCUACUUUUCCUAACAUUUAAAGGAAAAAUAGCAUUAAAGUAUAUCAGAGAAGCCACAUAACAGUGCAAUGUAUAUCAGGCUUAAUGUGGCAAAUCUCAUGAUUCAGAGGCCUCAGAUGAGUUUCUUGUGAAAUGCGUGAGUUCAGAUAGCUGCACAAACCCUAUGCGCUUUUUGAGUCAGCCAUAAGCCUUGUAUUUAAGGGCAAUUUACAUGUUUAUGAUGGCAAUCAAAAAAGGCAAGUAGACAUACUUCAAAUGCAGAACCAUGA